UGAAAGAGUUGGAAAGAGAGAAGGAUGAUGGUUUGUAAGAGUUUGCUUAUCGUUCUCUUAAUUGUGUCUCUCUUUGGUCUUCACCAAUGUCACGAGCCCGAUCCCGACCGUCACGAGCCGUAUCCCAACCGCCACGAGCCGGAUCCCGACCGCUACGAGCCGGAUCCCGACCGUCACGAACCGGAUCCUGACCGCUACGAGCCGGAUCCCGACCGUCACGAACCGGAUCCCGAUCGUCACGAGCCGGAUCCCGAUCGUCACGAGCCGAAUCCCGAUCAUCCAAAGGGAAUAGAAAGAUGUUUCCAUAAAUAUAUGGGAGAAUCAUGGCAACUCGAGUAUUUAUGUUGUAUAAAAAAACCUUCCAUAUGCACUCCUGUCAGCUUUCCUGAAGAUUGCAUUAAGUGCCCGUCGCUUACAAAAGAUGAAACACCUUCUCCUUCCGUCGAUGCAACAUUGCCUCAUAUGUAAAAUGUUCAUUGAUUGAUGAUGUUAUUUUAUAAAAAAAAAUCAUUAGAUAAAGUUUCGUGUAUCAUGCAGAAUUUUAGUCUGAUAUUUAAAUAAAAAUAUCUGAGAAAUUUUUUCAGAUUUUUAUAUA